AUGACACCAGGCUCCUUACAGGGGACAAUCACACACCAGGCUCCAAAAGGGGACAGUCACACCAGCCUCUCUACAGGGGACCACCAGGCUCCCUACAGGGGACAAUCACACCAGGGUCCCUACAGGGGACAGUCACACCAGGCUCCCUACAGGGGACAGCCGCUGAAGAAGAUGGCUGUUGGUAUGAUCUUUGCAGCGCUUGCCUUCGGUGCUGCCACCUUGGUGGAGGUCAACGUCAUGAAAACGGUGGUGGAGCCUGCACCUCAUGGACAGUGUCUGCUACAGGUCUACAACCUGGCUGACAGUGACGUCAAACUAAGCAUCCCUGGGAGUAACCUAUUCUCACAACCCAUCAAAUCCUAUGAGGAUCCUCAAGCAUAUCAGCAUCUUGAACUGGGGGGACACAACAAGACCAUCACUGUGGGGAUCAAUCACAAUGGACACUUUCAUGAGUGUAGAGAGACUUUCACAGAGCAGAAAGCCUACAGUCUCGUCCUGCACAGCAAAACCUCGGGAAUAGUGUGUCAACUAGCGACAGACAACAUACUUAAAAGUGAAAGAAUGGAAGCAUACCUGAGGUUCAUAAACACGCGGAGUGAGGCUGUGAACGUAACAAUGGCUGCUGUGGACUUUUACAUACCCGCUGACUAUGGCAUAUCUCCCAAUAAGAGUGUGGAAAGAAAUGAGUAUACACACGUGAGGUGUACAUCAGGCUCACAGGACUUCUCCAUUAACCUGGGCCUGCUUGACUCUGGAGCUUCAUACACCGUCAUCCUCAAAGGGGGCCCUGGACAGAUCAUUCCCCAGAAGAUGGAGGAUGUCAAGGCCAACAAUGUUCACAUAGCCUGGCAGAUCCCCCAGUAUGCCCUGAUGACAGCAGGAGAAGUCAUGUUCUCCAUCACAGGCAUCGAGUUCUCCUAUUCACAGGCCCCAGCCAACAUGAAGUCAGUGCUGCAGGCCGGCUGGCUGCUGACUGUAGCCUUUGGCAAUGUCAUUGUGCUAAUCGUAGCAGAGGGGGCAGGUCUGGAUCAGUGGAUGGAGUUCCUGCUGUUCGCUGGCCUCCUGGUGGCAGUCUGCAUCAUCUUCUCCAUCAUGGCUUACUUCUACACCUACGUAGACCCAGGCGAGCUAGACCAGCUGUUCCCAGACAAGACAGUCAAUGAGGAUGAAGACGAGCUGAAGAAGGACCAGACAGAUGACACUAUGUACUUGAACUCCAUAGAGAAGAGCACCAAGAUGUAGUCUGGUGACUGACUUCAGAAUAUUUCCCUCUCAGGAGAUUUGUAAGCCCCUAGUGUGGAAUGUUUUUUGUUUUAUACAUUUGUAAAUUGAAGCAAAGUAUUAAGAUAUGGUGAUUGAGUGUAUUUUACUUGCUGAACCUUACUGUAUGUUGUUAGUUAUUGUCACACCCUGUCUGUGUGAUCUUACAGUAUGGACUAACCACAGUUAGCACUCCAACUGAGACACUUCUCAAAAUCUGGAGUUCAGACCAGGACCAGUGCUAACAAAACAUAUUGUUGAAAUGCUGUAUAUUGUUUUUGUGAAUUUAUCAAAUGUUACUGUACAUAGUAAAAUGAUCUGAAGUCCCCUGUUUACAAUGAUGUUCAAAGAUGAAGAGGAAAACAACGGACUCUUGUAGUUGAUAAACAAAACAAUUACAGAACAUUGUGAAAAAGGUCCUUCUUUAGCAGGCAUGAAACUUAAGGAUUUUGGGUACUAGCCAGCUGGUCUAGUAGAACAAUUUUUAAUAGUGGCCUAGAUUAAUUUCCAUCCCUGCUCUUUAGACUGGCUACCUGAGACAAAUACUGGAGUAGACUUAACUAAAAGAGCCUCAUUCAAAUGACAAACUAUGAGUCAGGGAAAAAUGUCUAGUGUGUCCUAAUCAUUUGAUAGAUAGACCUUCAUAAAACAUUCCACUCCUGGGAACCAUUUUACUCUAAUUGUACUCUUGUACGUAAAU